CCCUGUUCUGUUCCGGUCCGUUCUCACGAGUUGCUUAUCCUCUUGCGAAAGCCCUCUUCUUCGAACCAUCCAUAUCAGGUCUUCUUCUUCUUCUUCUUCUUCUCGUUCAUAUCAUGGCUCUUAGCGGCAGAGUUGGAGCAUCAUGGCCUGCUCUCAACUUCUGCAACCCGGUCCCUUCGGCUCCCCCCGUUUCUACCCUGCCCAUGCCGUCUAAGUCGAGGGAUGUGAUGGCGUUGGUCGCCGCUGCGACCGGCGGCGGGUUGGGGUCGUCGAGAGGAGGAGCCGGGCUGUUGGAGCGCCCCACCUUCGACCAGUCCCAGUUCGACCCCCUCCCCGAAGCCCAAGAAGGUGGAGACAUAGGCAGGCUUGCGUCGAGGAAAGGCCUGGGAAGCGGAGACAGCUACAGAGUUCUGCUCAUCGAUGAUCCACGCCACACGGAGAAGCUAGUGGAAAAUGUUCUGCCACAAGUCGUGCCAUCCGUUACAGCCGACGGUGCGAGACAACUAUUUCGCGAGUCUCGGCAACUGGGUGUCGCAGUGGUUAUUGUUACUGUUAAGGAGCACGCGGAGUUCUACGCGCAGAUGAUGGUACGCCGUGGGUUGCGUUCCGCGAUAGAACCCGAUUCCAACCUGGAAGCAUGAGGAACGAUCAGAGCGGAGUCAUUUAAUCAAUCAUUUUAUUAUUAUUUUUACUAUUUUUUGAUGCAUGACAAACUUCUUUAUCGUUGAAAUCCGAGAAUGCAUGUUAUGUAAUGCUUGAAUGGAAGGAGUAGUUCAUCCAAUAAUCGACCUGAAGCCACCCUUUUAAGUGCAA